AUGUCUCUUACCCUCUCACUUAACGGAACCGAGUCUACAUUAAGUGUGAAUUUUCUGCAUCCCAUAGUAUUGGGUGAGGGUGACUUUGAAUGCGCGCUAAUUUACUUGAAAACAUUCAACUCGAUACCCAAUGUGGAUGAGAGUAAUAAUCUGUUUCAUUAUGGUGCAGACAACGUCAUCACCAUUCCUGAGGGCUCUUAUGACCUGGACGAUAUCAUUCAAUAUCUGGAGCGUGAACUUUUGCGAGAAGCCAAGGAUGAUCCCUUUAAAUUAAUCGAUAUAGAAGCCAACACGAAUACAAUGAAAUGCUCAUUUCACUCUCCAUAUUAUGAUAUACAUUUCGAGCGAGAGAACAGUAUUGGAAGUGUUUUUGGUUUGUCACAAAAAGUAUUACCAAAAAAUCAACUACAUGAAUCAGAUCAAGCGAUAAACAUCCUAAUCAGCAAUUCUAUAAAAGUAGAGUGUAAUAUUAUUCAAGGUUCAUUCAUCAAUAACGAAUCAUCACAUGUGCUUCACGAAUUCUCACCAUCAGUGCCACCCGGAUAUCAAAUUAUUGAGUGUCCAUCACACCCGGUUUACUUGCCUUUGAAGGUGAAUACGAUUCAAAAUCUCCAUAUACGUCUAGUGAAUGAACAAAGGGACCUUGUCAACUUGAGGAAAGAGAACAUAUCACUCCGUCUUCAUAUAAGAAAAAAAUAA